CGAGGCGGGAGGGGAGGGGGGACCGGCCGCGCCCUCGCGCCUCCUCCGCAGAGAGGCCCAGUGCUGAAGAUGGGCGGGAUCGAUGAGGGGGCAUGUCACGGCGAGCCCUAGGCUAGGGGUGGGGCCACGUGGGGCCGGGGGGCGGAGCCGGGGGAGGGCUCGAGGAAGCUCAGGGCUACGGCGCACGCAGUUGGGACCCUUUGGCUAGGAUGAGGCAGCAGGUUGAGGAGGGCCUCGGCCCCGGGUUCCCGCAGCGAGGCCUCAGCUUAGGCCUGGCCGCUGCCUCGAAGCUCCAGAGCACCAAACACAUCCACACCGGGAAGGCGAUCGUGGCCGGUGGCAUCGCCGGAGGCAUCGAGGUCUUUGUCACCUUCCCCACAGAGUACAUCAAGACUCAGAUGCAGCUGGAGGAGAAGGCCAAGAAUCCUCGGUACACCACUGUGGGUCACUGUGUCAAGCUGACCAUCCAGGAGCACGGCAUCCUGGGCCUCUAUCGGGGCCUCAGCAGCCUGCUCUAUGGCGCCAUGCCCAAGUCGGCAGUGAGGUUCGGCACGUUCCAGUUCCUGAGCAAUUACGCCAGAGAUGCCAACGGCAAGCUGAGCAACAUGAGGAGCUUCCUGUGCGGCCUCGGAGCCGGCGGCAUGGAGGCUGUGGUCAUCGUCUGCCCGCUGGAAACCAUAAAGGUGAAACUCAUCCACGAUCAGAAGAUGGGGAAGGCCAAGUACCGCGGGUUCUUCCAUGGCGUCCGGGAGAUUGUGCGCGAGCAAGGCCUACAGGGAAUCUACCAGGGCAUCACGGCCACCAUCAUCAAGCAGGGAUCCAACCAGGCCAUCCGGUUCUUCACUAUGACCUCCCUCCGCAACUGGUACCUAGAUGAUAAUCCGCAGAAAAAGAUGAACCCCUUCAUCACGGCUCUCUUUGGGAUCGCCGCGGGAGCAGCCAGUGUCUUCGGCAACACCCCAGUGGACGUGGUGAAAACGAGAAUGCAGAGCCUGGAAGCCUCCAAGUAUAAGAACACAUUGGAUUGUGCCAUCCAGGUCUAUAAAAACGAGGGCACCAAGGCAUUUUACAAGGGAACCCUUCCGCGCCUGGUCAGGGUCUGCCUGGACGUGGCCGUCGUCUUUGUCCUGUAUGACGAAAUCGUCAAAUUUCUGAACCUCAUCUGGUGACCGGCUGUCACGCAGUCCGCGCUCGGAUCUCCCUGGCCCCGUCGCUCGGCCCGCAGCCGCUCGCCGGCCCACUGGCCAGGGCAGAGCCCCCGGGCCCUCGGGCAGGAGGCGCCGGGCCUUCCCAGGCUGCCCUCGUCUGGCUUGCGAGGUUCCGGAUUCCCGAGUUCGAGCUGGCGCCCUUCCCGAAAGGUUCAAUAAAGCCUCGAGUGAC